AUGAAGACCUUCUUUGCCCUCCUGCCUCUUCUCAGCUGCCUCUGGGCUUCCCCUGCCGUGGCGGAUGGCCUCUCGAUCUUUGAUGACGACUCCAUCCCUGUCGUUGACCGACCCGACCUGGAUUCCUUCACCAUUUCGCGACGUGACGAAGACACAGGCCUUGAGAAACGAGCACUGAACCUGGAAUACAUUCUCUUGGAUGUGACCUUUGAUGGCUACAAUCAGGGCAACUGGCAGUCUUGGCGAGUCAGAGGCGAGCUCCUCGUCAUUCGACAAAUCCCAUCACCGGGAACCCGCAAUGGCGCGAACCCGGUUGAUGUGGUCAUCGGAAUCGGCAGCCCAAUUGUCAGCCCAGUUGCCGGAAGCAUUCGAUACACCACCAACAGAUAUCUCAACGGCUUCAUCGGUGGCAGCAGGGACAUAACUCGCAUCGACUUUGCGCGAGUGUCUACCACGGCCAACUCAGUGACAGUUUCGGUCGACACCUCCAUUGCCGCCGCAAACCAUCUUUCAGUCUUUAACGCCAGAAGCGGAGCUACUGCUAAUGUCUAUAACCCAGCCAGCGGAGGCUUCAAUCUUGCUUUCUGGAAGAAUGGGAAGGUGACGGGUAACAUCGGGUUGAUAGGGCGAUCACCCAUUUCUGGAGGGCAAGCUCCCUACAAGGCCACCAUCAGUGGUCUAGUAAAGCAGAAGGGAAAGAUAUGGCUUUGA